AUGGCAGACAGACAGUUCAUAGAAAACACAUGCAAGGGCACACCCUCUAACAAUUUAUGCCUUUCUAUUUUAUUGGCAAACCCCAAGAGCCAAAAUGCAGAUUUAACAGGCUUAGCACUCAUAGUUGUUGAUGCGGUAAAAAACAAAGGUGUGAAAACCCUGCAACAGAUCGAUUCUCUCAAAAAGUCUAUGCCGGAGUUAACACCGGCGUUGAUGCAGUGUGGAGAUGUGUAUAAAAUUGUAGUAGGUGUGAAUGUGCCGUUAACGAUUAAUGCAUUGAAUCUUGGUAACCCUAAAUUUGGUGAGGAUGGAAUGGCCGAUACCACUACCGAAUCACAGGCAUGUGAGAGGAGUUUUCAGCAGCAUGGUCAAACAUCACCGUUGACAAAUAUGAACAAGGAUAUGGAAGAUACGGCUAAUGUAGCAAGGGCCAUUAUUAGAAUGCUUUUAUAA